AGAGGUCCACAGUGAUCCGUCUGCCCAGCAGCAUCAACCAGACCUGGACUCCAUCUUUAUGCUGCUGGAGGAGAACAUCAUCAGUUUUGUGAAGAAGGAGCUGAAGAGAGUCCAGAAGGUCCUGAGACCAGAUUACCCAGAAUCCUCAGGGAGUCAGAGGGAGGAUGAGGAGGUGUUGGAUGGUGAGGAUGAAGAGCAGAGGAGGAGCAGAGAGGCGUUUGUGAAGAUCACAGUGAACUUCCUGAGGAGAAUGAAGCAGGAGGAGCUGGCUGACUGUCUGCAGAGCAAGAGUCCUGCUUCAGUUUGUCGACGUGAACUCAAAUCUAACCUGAAGAAGAAGUUCCAGUUUGUGUUUGAGGGGAUCGCUAAAGCAGGAAACUCAACCCUUCUGAACCAGAUCUACACAGAGCUCUACAUCACAGAGGGAGGGACUGGAGAGGUCAAUGAUCAACAUGAGGUCAGACAGAUUGAAACAGCAUCCAGGAAACCAGUCAGACCAGAAACAACCAUCAGACAAGAAGACAUCUUUAAAGCCUCACCUGGAAGAGACGGACCAAUCAGAAGAGUGAUGACAAAGGGAGUGGCUGGCAUUGGGAAAACAGUCUUAACACAGAAGUUCACUCUGGACUGGGCUGAAGACAAAGACAACCAGGACAUACAGUUCACAUUUCCAUUCACCUUCAGAGAGCUGAAUGUGCUGAAAGAGAGAAAGUUCAGCUUGGUGGAACUUGUUCAUCACGUCUUUACUGAAACCAAAGAAGCAGGAAUCUGCAGGUUUGAUCAGUUCCAGGUCGUGUUCAUCUUUGACGGUCUGGAUGAGUGUCGACUUCCUCUGGACUUCCACAACACUGAGAUCCUGACUGAUGUUACAGAGUCCACCUCAGUGGACGUGCUGCUGACAAACCUCAUCAGGGGGAAACUGCUUCCCUCUGCUCGCCUCUGGAUAACCACACGACCUGCAGCAGCCAAUCAGAUCCCUCCUCAGUGUGUUGACAUGGUGACAGAGGUCAGAGGGUUCACUGACCCACAGAAGGAGGAGUACUUCAGGAAGAGGUUCAGAGAUGAGGAGCAGGCCAGCAGGAUCAUCUCCCACAUCAAGACAUCACGAAGCCUCCACAUCAUGUGCCACAUCCCAGUCUUCUGCUGGAUCACUGCUACAGUUCUGGAGGAGGUGUUGAAAACCAGAGAGGGAGGAGAGCUGCCCAAGACCCUGACUGAGAUGUACAUCCACUUCCUGGUGGUUCAGUCCAAACUGAAGAAGGUCAAGUAUGAUGGAGGAUCUGAGACAGAUCCACACUGGAGUCCAGAGAGCAGGAAGAUGAUUGAGUCUCUGGGGAAACUGGCUUUUGAGCAGCUGCAGAAAGGAAACCUUAUCUUCUAUGAAUCAGACCUGACAGAGUGUGGCAUCGAUAUCAGAGCAGCCUCAGUGUACUCAGGAGUGUUCACACAGAUCUUUAAAGAGGAGAGAGGCCUGUACCAGGACAAGGUGUUCUGCUUCGUCCAUCUGAGUGUUCAGGAGUUUCUGGCUGCUCUUCAUGUCCAUCUGACCUUCAUCAAGUCUGGACUCAAUCUGAUGUCAGAAGAACAAUCAACUUCCUGGUUAUCUAAAGUCAUCAGGGACAAGCCUGAACCAACACUCUUCUACCAGAUAGCUGUGGACGAGGCCUUACAGAGUCCAAAUGGACACCUGGACUUGUUCCUCCGCUUCCUCCUGGGUCUUUCACUGCAGACCAAUCAGACUCUCCUACAAGGUCUGAUGACACAGGCAGGAAGUGGCUCAGAGACCAAUCACGAGACAGUCCAGUACAUCAAGAAGAAGAUUGAAGAGACUCCCUCUGCAGAGAAAAGCAUCAACCUGUUCCACUGUCUGAAUGAACUGAAUGAUCGUUCUCUAGUGGAGCAGAUCCAACAGUCCCUGAGAUCAGGACGUCUCUCCACAGAUAAACUAUCUCCUGCUCAAUGGUCAGCUCUGGUCUUCAUCUUACUGUCCUCAGAAGAAGAUCUGGACGUGUUUGACCUGAAGAAAUACUCUGCUUCAGAGGAGGCUCUUCUGAAGCUGCUGCCAGUGGUCAAAGCCUCAAAUAAAGCUGUACUGAGUGGCUGUAACCUCUCAGAGAGAAGCUGUGAAACUCUGUCCUCAGUCCUCAGCUCCCUGUCCUCUAGUCUGAGACACCUGGACCUGAGUAACAACAACCUGCAGGAUUCAGGAGUGAAGCUGCUGUCUGCUGGACUGGAGAGUCCACACUGUAAACUGGAAGGUCUCAGUCUGUCAGGAUGUCUGAUCACAGAGGAAGGCUGUUCUUCUCUGGCCUCAGCUCUGAGCUCCAACCCCUCCCACCUGAGAGAGCUGGACCUGAGCUUCAAUCAUCCAGGAGACUCAGGAGUGAAGCUGCUGUCUGCUGGACUGGAGGAUCCACACUGGAAACUGGACACUCUCAGGUUGGAUCAUGGUGGACUGGAGAGACUGAGACCUGGUGUGAGGAAGUAUUCCUGUGAACUGGAACUGGACAUAAACACAGUGAACAGAAACCUCAGACUGUCUGACAACAACAGGAAGGUGACAUGGGUGACAGAGUAUCAAUCAUAUCCUGAUCAUCCAGACAGAUUUGACCUUUGGCCUCAGCUGCUGUGUAGAACUGGUCUGACUGGUCGCUGUUACUGGGAGGUCGAGUGGAGAGGAGGGGUUCAUAUAUCAGUGAGUUACAGAGGAAUCAGAAGAAACGGAAACAGUGAGGACUGUUGGUUUGGAGGAAAUGAUCAGUCCUGGAGUCUGAUCUGCUCUGAUGAUGGUGGUUACUCUGUCUGGCACAAUAAGAGGAAAACAUCCAUCUCCUCCUCCUCCUCCUCCUCCUCCUCUUCCUCCUCCUCCUCCUCCUCCUCCUCUGACAGAGUAGCAGUGUAUGUGGACUGUCCUGCUGGCUCUCUGUCCUUCUACAGAGUCUCUGACUCACUGAUCCACCUCCACACCUUCAACACCACCUUCACUGAACCUCUGUAUCCUGGUUUUGGGUUUGUGUUCUUCGUAUCUCGUUCCUCGGUGUCUCUGUGUUGAGUGAAGGAGGGAGAGUCUGGAAGUGACAGCAGCUUCAGUCCUGUGGUUUAAAUGUUGGUGGUGGACGAGGUUUCAUGUCUUAGAGGAAGUAAAAAUUAUUUCUGUGUUGAACUUGUGUACACACUGUGAUGAAUUUUAUACUCACUUUAAUAAAGUUUUCAUCG